AUUAGUAUAUUUAGUAUUAUAGUGGCGGCCAGACGGCCUCCUUUAAAAUCUAGUAUUAUUAAAAUAAUAAUUAUUACGAUAGUUAAUAAAACUCCAACUGUAUUAUACAUUAUUAUUAUUAUAAAUAAUUUAAAUAAAAAAAAUGACUGUGAUUAAUGUAGCAAAAGUGCAAGGUGAUAUAUAUAAACAAAUUGAAAAAUUUGGUCGUUACCAAUUGUUCCAAUAUUUUUUGAUAUGCAUACCUUUAUUCAUGGUGUCUAUGGCUCAUGUUAAUUAUGUGUUUGUUGCUGAAGAAGUUGAUUAUAGAUGUAAGGUUCCUGAAUGCGAAUCACUCGAUCCCAGUGUUAAAACACCUCCUUGGUGGCCCGAAAAUGUAGACGAGAAAUGCUUUCGACCGGUAAUAGACCCCGAAGCAUUCAACUUAGGGAAUCAUACAUGUUCCAAUUCUACAUUCGUCGAGUUAUUGGAAGAAUGUGACGAAUGGAUUUAUGAGAAUCACAACUCUAUAUUUUCCGAGCUUAAUCUAGGCUGCGAAUCGUGGAAGGCUACAUUAGUAGGCAGUGUACACAACGCAGGAAUGAUCCUAUCCAUGCUAUUCACUGGUUGGGUCACUGACAAACUCGGAAGAAAACCCACGUUAAUAAUUUGCUCAGUAGGAGGUUGCAUCGGCGCUAUUAAAAUUUUUAUAACAAGUUAUUAUACGUACCUAGUAGUGGAAUUUUUAGAAUCUGUCGUUUGUUCUGGACUUUAUACGGUGGCUGUUGUAUUAUUGAUAGAGGUUGGCGGGGAAUCAAAAAGAGUACUAGCAGGAGUUAUAUUUUCAUAUGCAGUAUAUGUUGGUGAAGUGGCAUUCGCUUUUAUAGCUAUGGGACUAAAGUUUUGGAAACUGAUAGUACUAGUCGUCUACACUCCAAUGAUAUUACUUGUAUCAUACAUUAUAUUAUUAAAAGAAAGCACACGAUGGCAAAUGCUUCGUGGUAAAAUGACAGAGGCAAAGGACACGCUCAAAGUAAUCAGUAAAUCAAAUAAAUUAAACAUUUCCCCCGAAGAAAUAGAUGCACUGAGUGAUGAAGAAAUAAGAAUGAAAUUUAAUAUAGAGACACAGAAAGAGAAAGAAAACUUUAGAGACAUAUUAAACUCAAAAGAGAUUAUGACCCGAAUUGGUGUCACAUCUAUUUGCUUCUUCACAUCCAGUUUUCUGUAUUACGGCUUGGUGGUACACUCGAUUCUUUUGCCAGGAAACAAGUAUACAAAUUUCAUCUUAUCUUCGUUGACUUCAUUCCCUGGAGAUUUAUUGGCGUUUUACACCUUUAACAAGUUUGGAAGAAGGAUAACAUUGCAGAGUGGUUAUGCUUUCUCCGCCAUAUUUCUCAUAGCACAAACUUAUGCACCAGAUUCUAUCACUUGGUUGAAGGUUCUAUUGUUCCUAUUAGGAAAGUUGGGAGUAGUUGUAUGUUUCACUGGCAUAUACACAUACAGCUUGGAACUAUUUCCGACAAGCGUGAGAGGGUCGCUGGUUGGAUGUGGUAACACUGCGGCGAGAAUAGGAGCUAUGUUAGCACCGCUAACACCAUUAUUGACGACGGAACUUACGGCUUUACCAUCUAUUCUGUUCUCGUCAACUGCCGUUGUAUCCGCAUUACUGCUCACAUUUACACCUGAAACCAGGACAAUGCCCAUGUUUGACACGAUCGCACAAAUAGAUUCGUACAAAAAUAAAGUCACUACGCAUUUGUGAAGAAAAUAGACAUAAUGAAUUUGUUAUUCACCAUUAGGUAGUUGACAUUUACAAAACAUUUUUAUAAAAAUAAGUGAUUAUAUCGGGCCAUGUUAAAAAUAUAUACCUAUAUAAAAGAAUGUACAGUAAGAAUUUAUAUUUAUGCGACUUAGAUUAGUAACAUCAGUUAACAUAAUGAAUAAUGAAUAACUAAAGAAACUGUUAAUGAUGAUGAAAAAAAGCGAGAAGACGUCUGCAUUCCAAAGUUGAUGAAGUUAAAAUAUAUACAAAGUAUGUGAACGAAUUACUUACUUUGAUGAUAAGUGGUUUUUAUUUUAAAUGUGAUACUAUUUUGUAAUAAGUAAUUCUAUUGUGAAAUAGAUAUACUUUAAGUAUAUUAUAGAAUACAUAUUAUGUAUAAGGUAAACUUGUAACUUUCGAUAGUAUUUAAGAAAUAAGUAGGUAGGUGUAUUUAUGUGUGUGUAUUACUUAUUACUUAUAUAAGUACUUAUGUGAGUUAUUAGCUGUAUAUAAUAUAAGAGGUAUUAAUAUAGAUACCUAAAAUUUAUAUCGAUCUUUGGACUACAGUUUCCAUAUCAUAAUAACCAUGACGUGCCCGUGAGUAGAAUGGAUCAUUCAUUAGUAAUUGAAGCUCAUAAAAUGAAUCUUUUAUUUCAUUGAUAUUUAAUAUUAAAUUAGGUACGUCUUUCAUGUUUAUUUGUAGUAAGUGCGAUAAAUAAUUAAAUAAGACAUUAAAUUACUGUAGGUAAAUACGAUGAAUAAAUGAGAUGUUAUAUACUUA